AUGGCAGCGGUGCAAUACACAGACGUCGUGGUCGUGGAAGAGGGCCAGGGCCAGGGCGGGGAGGUGCUGCAGAUGGGACCCGUCACGAUCCGGAUUCUGGAGGAUGGGCGACACACGGAUAAUCGUAUCGGGUCCAUGGUGUUGACUAUCCAGCCAAGGACGCCGGGCCCGCCCAUCCAUUGGCACCGCAUGCACGACGAGACCUUCCUCAUCACGUCCGGCCGGGUCCGCUUCACGACCAUCAAGGCGGCCACGGCGAACUCGUCGGGGCCCGGCGGGCCAGAGCUCAAGAGCGACGAGAGCCUGCGGGAGGAUCUGGAUGCGAAGGCCGGCGACUACGUCGUCGUGCCGACGAGGAGCAUCCAUACCUUUAGCAACCCGUGGGACGAGGAGGCGAGUUUCUUCAAUACCUUUACGCCGGCUUACUAUGUGGACUAUCUGAGGAUGUUGGCGAAAGCCAUCAACGAGGCGCAGAGCGGAGGGAAGAAGUUGACGGAGGAUGAGCAGAGAGAGGUCAUGGCGCAGUUUGCGACCUUUGAGCCGUAG